AUACUAAAAAUCACCAUGAAGCUGCUAACUGUGUCUGCACUUCUCUGUGCAAUGGUGGCUCUAACCACGGCUGCUGAGGCCAGAGAUGAAGUAGAGGGAUUGAUGCCCCCAGCCAAGAGUCACGUGGUCAAGAGGUCCCCUCGUUCCCCUUGUUGUCCUGGUGGUUGGACUAAAUACGGUCAUCGCUGCUUUUUCUUUAAUUCAACAGUCGCGAGUUGGGCUGAUGCUGAGAAAUCCUGCAAGUCCAUGAGGGCACAUCUUGCAUCAGUUCGCAACAUCAAAGAGUACCGUGAGAUUCAGAGGCUGACUGGCAAAAAAGAAAGUUGGAUUGGAGGAACUGAUGCAUCAAAGGAGGGUAUUGGUUGUGGAGUGAUGAGCACCUGUUUUACUAUCACAAAAGUGGUGCCAGGAGAGCCCAAUAAUGAUCGCAAUCAGCACUGCUUCAGAUGA